UACGUUUUCAGUAGGAGUGACCAUCACAAGUCAGCUGCUCUCUUACAAACUUCUUUAGUGUCUUCUUAAAGGGGCUGUGCAAACCUGUCUUUGAACAAGCACAGGACAGGGAGAGGUACUCCCUCACCUCAAACUGUAUAGCUACUCUUUGACUUCACUUUGCAUGAAGCCUCAUUUUCUGCAUGUGGCAAGUAUCACCUUUCUCUGUUUUUUUCAUUGUCUAGUGGAUAAAGGGUUAAGUCAUGAAGUGAAUGCAGUACAAGUCUCGACCAGAGUGUAUGUGGGUCCUACACAGGAGAAGGUUCACAGCAAUUUCUUGCCAACUUCAAGGACAUUGAUGACUUUUACUUUUACUUUUUACUUUUACUAAAGGAUUCUUUUACUUUAGUGCCUCCUGAUAAUCAUUCAUUCCAGAUUAUAACAGAAGAGUUGGUGGUAACCAGCAAAGAUGUUGGGAUUUCUCUCAGAAAGCGGAAAGUGGUCCGCCUCCAGCUGGGUCAACAAGCUCAUGUUGAAACUCCAACCAGGGAUUGCAUGGGAGGAGAGAAUCAGCAAGCUUCAUGGGCUACAGCAGAAGAGGAUCACUGAGACACCUCUGUUUUCAGCUGCAAGAGUAAAUGAUGUGAGUGCCAUCAAAAAACUUUUGGAGUCACCAACUGUGGACCCUUUUGAGAAAGGUGUGAUGGGCGAGACAGCAUUGCACAUUGCUGCAUUGUACAAUAAUAAUGAAUAUGCAAAAGCACUCCUUGAAGAAGUGCCGGAUCUCAUCAAUAUACCAGCCACCUCCGAGCUGUAUGAAGGGAAUACAGCCCUACAUAUUGCCGUGGCAAAUGGGAAUUUUCAUUUGGUUAAAGAACUGAUAAACCGAGGAGCCAAUGUAGCAUCAUCACGUGCAACAGGGAUCUUCUUCAAAAGAAGUGAAAAGAAUUUAGUUUAUUAUGGGGAGCAUGCACUGUCGUUCGCUGCUUGUGUUGGGAAUAAAGAGAUUGUGCAGUUCUUGAUUGAAAACGGAGCAGAUGUUAAAGCACAGGAUUAUCUGGGUAAUACUGUUCUGCAUCACCUGGCAUUACAGCCUCAAAGUUAUGCAGCAGAGAUGUAUGAUUUUAUCAUGUCCCUCGAUCCAGGGAAUGGAAAUACCACAGAAGCAAUUACAAACAAUGAUGGACUGACUCCCUUUAAACUGGCUGCGCUGGAAGGAAAUGUAGAGCUGUUUCGAUAUUUAAUGAAAAAGAGAGAGUGUCAUGUUCAAUGUUUUUUCAAGUCGAUCUCUGGCACUUUCUGUAACCUCUCUGGCAUUGACUCCUGGGACGAUGACCACUCAGUCCUUGAACUGAUCCUGCGCAAUAGAGAAGAUGAGGCCUUGAGGAUUCUUAACAUCCCUGCAAUCAAAACACUGAUUCACUUCAAGUGGAACAAAUAUGGAAAGUAUUAUUUCCGAAUUCUUGCUUCCAUCUACUUUAUUUACAUCAGCAUAUUCACCGCAUGCUGCAUCUUUCGUCCUCUUGUACCACGGCGGAAUAAUGUCACAGACCCAAGAGAUACUCAGAUUUUGGAAGAGGCGCCAUUAGAUCUGUGCUAUAUAUCAACAGAAGAUUAUAUCCGCUUGGUGGGGGAGAUAAUUUCUGUCUUUGGAGCCGUUGCAAUUCUUCUUGUAGAAAUUGUUGAUUUUUUACGGUAUAAAACAUCAACGUAUUUUGGGAAAACUACUCUUGGAGGCCCAUUUCAUGUUAUAAUCAGCUGCUAUGCAUUCCUAGUGCUAUCGAUUUUCAUCCUUCGACUGACAAGUGCAGGCAUUGAAGAGUUCUUCAUGGCCAUUGCCAUUGCUUUGGCCUGGUGCAAUUCCAUGUACUUUGCUCGAGGGUUCCGAAUACUUGGGCAUUUCGCCAUCCUACUCCAAAAGAUUAUUUUGGAGAAAUUUUUGACAUUUGUGAUAUUAAUGACAAUGGUACUAGUAGGAUUUACCACAGCGCUACAUUUGUCAUUCGAAGAGCUUGAUCCAUCCGAGUGGCUGCAUUUUCAUGGCUUUAAGAAUCUGAUAUUCCUGGUCUUCAUGCUCUUUUUUGGACUCCUUGACAUCCCACUGAACUAUGACAAGUACACUCCUUUCAUGGUCAAGAUUUUAUAUGUGUCCUACAUCAUGGUGACCUUCCAGAUGAUGGUCAUUCUCUUUACCUUCUUGAUGGCCCACACACUCCGACGGGUGAUGAAGAAUUAUGAUGUAUUCUGGCAAGCCCAGAUUACAGCAUCAACAAUUCAUAUGGAGAGAUGGCUUCCAAAACACUUCUGGUCUCGUGCUGGUAUCUGUGGUGUGAACCUUGGACUUGAUAACAACUGGUAUAUCUGGGUGGAUGAUAGCAAUUGCCACAGUACUCUGAAGAGCUCCUGCAAUUCUAAGCAUGCAAAGGAAGAACUCCCACAAUCUGGGAACAGUGUGGAGAAAGAGCUGGACUAUUCACCUGCAGUUGCAGGUGAAGAUGGCUUCAGCCCUAGGAUGGAGCUUUACCUUCUCCACAGCAAGUCGAAGGCUCACCUCUCUGGUGGUGCUCACACUAAGGUUAAGGAGGCCGAGCACUCUCUGUAAACUCCCUGGGAUACUGUAAAUGAAGUACCAUAUUAGGUUCAACAUCAGUGCAUUACCUUCCCAUCCUCUUGUCUGUUACAGGGGAACUUUACUUUGUAUGGACAAAGACAUAUAGUAUGAUAGGUUCUGGUCCUUUGACACUGUUAUCAGUUGCUCAGAUCAAGCAUAAGUUGGUGUGCAGUGACUUAUUGGCCAACUUGUUUGAACUUCUCUAUAGCUAAUGAAGCACAUUACCCAUCACAUAAAUCCAUAAAAUCUUGUGUUUGAUUAAUGGCUCCAAUGAUUUGUAAUAUAUAGCCUCCAGUAAAUUAAAUGUUGGGAACUAAUUGGGAGCUUCAGAUUUCUGACAUUAUGAAAUAGUUUACCUAACAUGACUUAUGGCAGGAAUUUAAUCUACUUUAAGUGAAUUAUAUAUAGAGAAAUAUACAUCAGGAAGUGAUUUACUGUGUAAUGUAAAUAUGGAUUUGUGUCAUGGAUACUUGGAAUAUAACAUCCCUUAGAAAAAUAACAUAUUGACUGCAUUAAUGUCAAAAGAUAUCUACUGGAAUUCAAGAUGAUUCAGAUUGAUCUACAUGAAUAAUGAAACUUCUGUCUAAUAGUGUGAUAUUUUAAAAUAUGUAUUUGCUUAUUUGCCUAAAAUGUGUCUUUUUUAUGGUGGGCAUUCUAUUCAGCAAUUUCUCAGCCAUUCACCUUGUAAUCAUGGUUUUGAUUGCAAUCCAGACCAUAGGCUUCUCAGAGAAGAGAAGUUGCACAUAAAUUGGCUAAAUUUAAUAAAAAAUUG